AUGGCCAAUUUCUUUGAGAUUUCUUCUUUCAAAACAAGCAAAUUUGAGACGGUAAUUUGGGCUGUGAAGUUGGUGCUUCUCACUGUAGGGAUCAUUUCCACUUUUAUUUUGUUCAAAGUGGCUGUAAUUCCUUACACAUUUAAUCUAAUUCUCUCAACUCUUCCUAGCGUAUGGAUCUCCCUCCGUGCCUGGUCAUCGCCACCCUAUAUCUACAUCAUCCUCAACUUCAUCAUAAUCAUCAUUGCUGCUUCCUCCACAUCUGAACACCCAAACCCCAGCACCAAAUCAUCCUAUUUUGUUACUAAGAAACACAAAAGCCAAAAGAAAAGUAGCACCCAGCAUCUUAAUUAUAUCUGGCAAGAGCAUGGCAUAGACGAAGAGGAAAAACAAUUGGAUACAACUUUGUCCUUUGAGAAAGACAUAGAUCCAUCUCAGGAUUAUGGCUCUCUUGACACUUUCUCGACAGAUCCUGACAAAGAACUGCAACAAAAGGUGAGAACAGACCCAUCUCAGGAUUCUUGCUUGACAGACUCUGCUAAAGAACAGCAAGAGAAGAUCAUCAUUGGCACAGAGCCACUGCAACCAGAGGCAGAUCAGCAGGAAACCCUGGAGGACACAUGGACAUUAAUCAUGGAGAAGCAAGGGAAGCCACCAACAAGGCAGUUAAAGAAGAGUGGCACGUGGGACACACCUCCAAAGGUGCUGCAAAAAGCUAAUGGGGUGAUUACCGUUGCUGAUGGCGGUGGCGUCGAUGACAAUGAUCCGGUUACUUGGGCUAGAAGAGAACUGAAGAAAUCAGAUACGUUCAACGAUUCUGUUACCUUGAAAAGGGAGAAAUCAAUGAGUCAUGACGAGUUGAAUCGGCGAGCAGAAGAGUUCAUUAGAAAGUUUAAUUACGAGAUGAGGCUUCAAAGGCAGGAAUCUGAACAGCGUGUCAGGGAAAUGGUUCGUGGUGGGGUCUGGUAG